ACUUCGACCAAGAAAGAUGGCUCCCGUUCAUGUAAAUGAUGCUGAUAGGAAAUCCAAAUUCUCUUGACAUGAAGGACUUUGUAAAGUUUCCAGUGAAUAGAUUCAAACGGAAGUAUGCAUCUUUUAUCCUAGAUAAACCAAGUGAUCUUUAUACCUGUGAUUUAUUAAUUUAAUGUAGCAGAACCGGCAUUUUAACACGGGAUGCUAUCAUAAACAAUGUUGUUGUGGGAUUCAUGUCGCCGAUUACUAAUGUAAUAUCAUCAAAAUGAUGUGCGACGUGAUGCCUACGAUUUCUGAGUCCGGUUCUAAUGACCGGGAGUCUCAGAGCUCGCAAGAUGAGGCCAACUUUGAGCAGCUGAUGGUCAACAUGCUUGAUGAGAGGGAUAAACUGAUGGAAACACUUCGGGAGACCCAAGAUAGUUUAACCCUCACCCAGCAGAAACUGGCCGACGUGGAGAAAGAACGAGAUACCUUACAGGGGCAAUUUCAAGCCACCACACCUCAGCAAGAAUUUGCCAAUAUAUCAAAAGAAGUGAACCAGCUACGAGAUCAAUUGUUGGAAAGGGAAGAAGAAGUUUCAGAACUAAAGGCAGAGAGGAAUAAUACACGGUUGUUACUGGAGCAUCUUGAGUGUUUGGUAUCCAGACAUGAGCGGUCCUUGCGGAUGACGGUGGUCAAGCGGCAGGCGUCGUCCCCGGCGGGCGUGUCCAGUGAAGUUGAGGUCCUCAAGGCCCUCAAGUCGCUGUUUGAACACCACAAGGCCCUGGAUGAAAAGGUCCGAGAACGUCUUCGAGUUGCCUUGGAGAAAGUGGCUUCUUUAGAAGAAGAAUUGGCGAAUGCUAAUCAAGAGUUAUUCACCUUAAGAGAACUGCAGAGUAAGUCUAGACAUUCCAGUGGAAGCACAGAGGACAGUCUAAAAACCAUAAAACAUGACUCAGGACCCCAGGACACCGACCAUCCAAAACCAGAAAUUCACAAGCAAAGAUUGUCAAAUGGCACCAUUGACCCAGAUUCAGAGGUUAAUCGGGUCAUCGAGCUCCAGGACACGGUGGAAAAACAGAACUCUGAGCUGACCUCGGCCAGAACCAGGCUGCUGGAACUGACCAAUAAAAUCACAGAGCUGGAAGAAACCUCGACCACUGCCACAAAGGAUCUGAACAAAACUCAGGAACAGCUAGUGAAGCUACAGAGGGACCUCCGAGAGUCUCUUGCUCAGAGAGAGGAUCAGGAGGAGAGAAUAGCCACAUUGGAGAAGAGGUACCUAAACGCCCAAAGGGAGUCUACCUCACUCCAUGACCUGAAUGACAAGUUGGAGUCUGAAUUAGCUAAUAAAGAAAGCCAUUUAAAGUCUAAUGAGGAGAAGAUUCGACAGCUCCAAGAGAAGCUGGAGUUGGCGGACCAGAAACUACAGCAGUCGCUGAAGAAGGCGGAGGCCCUACCCACUGUAGAGGCGGAGCUACAGCAGAGACUGGAGGCCCUCAGUAAGGCAGAGGAGCUGCAUGGGUCCGCGGAGGAGAGGGUGUCCAGGGUGGAGCAGAAACUGAUGGACAAUGAGGCGGAGCUCUCCAGGGCCAGAAUGAGGGAGAAGAUGAAUGAGGAGCACAAUGCCCGGCUGUCAGCCACGGUCGACAAGUUACUGGCCGAGUCGAACGAGCGACUACAACUUCACCUAAAGGAGAGAAUGGCUGCCCUAGAGGAGAAGAACCAACUCACCCAGGAACUGGAACGAAUCCGCAAAGCUCUGGAUGAAAACCAGCAAGAAAAGGAAAGAAUAUCGGAAGAUUUGAUGAGAGCCAACCGAGAGGUGGAUACCCUCAGGCAGCAGAUAGAGCACCUUGCCAGGUACAUGCCAGGGAGUGGGUACGUGAUAAGAAGUCCAAUGGAUGAGGUCACUCGAAGGUCACAGCGGGGCAGAGAGCAGUCCCUGGAAGAGGACCCCACUAAGGUUAAUACUCUGAAUGAACAAGAACACGAGAAGUUGAAGCAGGCCCAAAUACUGGAGAAGCUACAGCAAGCGUUUGACGCCAGUGGGAGUGAAGAGGGCAGCGAGAACGAAUCAGUGAUCGAGGCCUUUGACAUGUGGUCCCCCAGCGGCCCCACCGACGCCCAGACCCUGGCCCUGAUGCUGCAGGAGCAGUUAGACGCAAUCAAUAAUGAAAUCAGGUUAAUCCAGGAAGAGAAAGAAACGACGGAGCAGCGAGCUGAGGAGCUGGAAAGUCGGGUAGGGAGUGGUAGUCUUGAUACGAUUGCCAACAGAUGGCGUACCUCUCCGCCUCUGAGCGAGAGGGCGACGCCCACUACUCGUACAUUGCAAACAAGAGAUUACCUUCAAAAGUACCACACCGCUCCUGCUGGAAUGACCACUGCCCACCUGUAUACCUACUCCUCAUCUAGUCCUCAGUUAGCCACUGCUGCCAAUGACCACAGUAUAUCACAGAUGUACAGUAGAGAUGACUCAGCCAUUAACGAGGAGAACCGACCAAUCAAGUGUGAAUCUAGUCCCCCCACCCCCCGAUCUCUACGGCUGGAGCGAGGCUCAGGCAGUCAUAAUACCUCCGCAGAGGACACACCAAGUAGAACCGUGAUAGACACUACACAGUCCUCACAGAGUCCUUUCAGUACCCCCAACAGUAGUCAGGACUCACUCCACAAAAACCAGCAGCAGCAACAACAGCAGAAGAAGAAGGGCAUCAAGAGCUCGCUGGGCCGACUCUUCAGCAAGAAGGAGAAGCAGAAAGCCAAGGCCCUAGCUCAGGACUUGCUCCUUCCAUCCGGUGGAGGCUUUGGUGACCUGAGUGACAUGGGGGCGGGGGAUGCCCUGACCCUGGGUCUCGGACAGUCUGAGUACGACAGGAGGAAGAAGAAAAAGCAUGAGUUGCUAGAGGAAGCCAUGAAGGCAGGGACUCCGUUCGCUCUGUGGAAUGGGCCGACUGUGGUAGCCUGGUUAGAGCUGUGGGUGGGUAUGCCAGCUUGGUAUGUGGCCGCCUGCAGAGCAAACGUCAAAAGUGGUGCAAUAAUGUCGGCGCUGUCGGACCAGGAGAUCCAGCGGGAGAUCGGGAUCAGUAACCCGCUGCACCGCCUCAAGUUGAGGCUGGCCAUACAGGAGAUGGUCAGCCUGACCAGUCCCUCCGCUCCCAAACCCACCAGCUCUACUCUGGCAUUCGGAGACAUGAACCACGAGUGGAUCGGUAACGAGUGGCUGCCCUCCAUCGGACUCCCCCAGUACCGCAGUCACUUCAUGGAGUGUCUGGUGGACGCCCGCAUGCUGGACCACCUGACCAAGAAAGAUCUGAGGGGACAGCUCAAAAUGGUGGACAGCUUCCAUAGAACAAGUUUACAGUAUGCUAUUAAUUGUCUAAAACGUGUGAAUUAUGACAAGAAGGAACUGGAGAGGAGGAGAGAAGAAAGUGCUUCAGAAAUUAAAGAUGUACUGGUCUGGUCAAACGAGAGAUUGAUAAAGUGGGUCCAAUCCAUAGGUCUACGGGAAUAUGCAAAUAACUUGAUCGAGUCUGGGGUUCACGGUGCUCUUAUUGCCUUAGAUGAAAGCUUUGAUGCCAACAGCAUGGCCCUGGCGCUACAGAUCCCCAGCCAGAGUCCCCAGCAGGCACGGGCGGUUUUGGAGCGAGAGUUUGGGAACUUGUUGGUGUUGGGAACAGACAGACGAUUGGACGAGGGUGAGGGUGGAAAGUUGAGACGAGCUCCAUCAUGGAGGAAAAAGUUUCGGACCAAGGACAGGAGUCGUGAGAGCGGGGAUGAGGGGGAGCCGAGCGGGACCGAGGGUCAGACCCAACAGUCCCCCCAACACAGUCGCAGGCAGGGCGGGGCGGACAACUCAAUGCACCGCCGCACCACCGAACACAUGAUGAACUACUGACGAACCACCGAAUGCGUGACGAACCACUGACAGGUUCUAUCCAAGACUGUUCAACCAAUCGUCAGCGUCUCUGUGUACGAAUAGAAAAUCUAUGAACAAAUUAUGUAUUAUAAUUUACUACUCUCUCUCUUCCUUGGAGACGCUGUAUUUAUCUUGGGGGAGUGUCUGAUGUUCAGAUUACAGUGUCCUCGUAUGCUGUCUUGUUAUAUAAAAAUCAAACAUGUGAAUAGUGCAAAACCAUAUUCAAAUAGAGUGGUAGAAUGUUGUUUGUAUAGAUUAUUUGGUAGAUUUAUACCAGGAUUUUUUCAUGUAAUAUACAGAAAAAUUCUUUUGUGUGUGCGAUCGUUCAUUUUUUUAUCGUUCAUAUGACUUAGAUUUAUCAUUCAGAAGUUUACGCCAUUGACUUUACCAAGACCAAAAUUACAUUAGAAUCAUCUCGAUGUCACGGUGUGUAUGUAUGUGUAUUAUCGGUGUCGCAGGCUAAAGUUUGUAUCAAAGAGUAAUGAAGAUCUGGUUCGUACAUUUUUUCCUCUCUUUAGGGGAAAUAACUCCUACCCCCUCUCCCUUUAUAAAACAAAUGAUAAUACCUCAACAUAGUACAAUUAUAAUGUAGAUAUGCAUAAUAUAUGACUAGAUAUUCAUACUACUUAAAAUAUAAGAUAUAUAGAUAUUAGUUAUCGAAAGACAUGAAAAAGUAUAAGACAUAAUAGAAAUUAAUCAUUUUCAUGUACAUAUACUGAUUUAACUUAUAAAUAAAUGUUAACAUAUUUAAGAGAUAUAUUGGUAUAGAGUUUGUAGCGUUAAUGUGAAUUUUUCCAACCUAUUUUCAGUGUGACUGAAUUUGAGACUGACCCAGUGUGAUUAUAAGAUAAGGCGUCCAUUGCUUUGCAAAAAGAAUUCUUAAUAAAAUGAAAAUGCUGUAACUUAUGAACAUUCCUACAAAAUUCUUUUCAUUUUUUACAUCAUCAAUUUUUUUUUGUAGAAAUUUAAAACCUGUUUGAAACUAAGUAUUGGACAAUAGAAUUAUGUGGUAAUUUCUCUCACUGGGGUAGUAUAGAGAAUAAAAUAAAUUUUUUUAACCUAAAAUAAUGAUUUUUAAAAGAAUUGACUGUAAAACAAUUCCAUUAUAUUUAGGUAACUUCAUGUAGAUGAUAAAAAAUAAUAUUUGAAAUUUACAAUUGUACAACCAUAACAUUCAUCAUUUAUUAAGAGGCCAUUGAGGGACAUAGAUGAAAUAUUAGUGUUGUCCCUCUGAAUAUAAAUGCUCAGUGACUAUGUAUAUAAAUUGAAAUCCGUAAGUGCUAUCAAAAGUUUUUUAUUUCAUUUGCACUAUAAAAAAUCUUUUCUCCUCAGCUCUUGUCAGAAAUGUGCGAUUUAAUGGAGUCACACAAUGGAGUGCAAAGCUUUGAAUGAAAUACAUAGUCAUUACAUGUGUAUUGGGGUAACUUAUCAAUGCAUCAAUCAUUAACAUACAUAAAAAAUUAAACUAAAUUCUGAAUAACCUAGCUUAAGAAGAGCUUUAAAAAACAGUUCUUAAUAAGAAAAGCAUGAUUCAGUUAUCAUUUUAAGAAAAAAUGUUUUAAAAUGAAUAACUUCUUUGUACAAUGUAUACCUUAUGUACCGGUAUUAUUUAGGUAGAUAUUUUUUAAUAUUCCUACCAGCAAUAUUCCUUUUUUGUAUUGAAUGUAUAAAUAGACAGAGAUCAGCAUUAAUCUACUGCACAAAGAUAAAUAUUAAGCAUGAUUUAGUUAGAAAUUCCAUUAGUUAACCAGUGUAUAUGUACAUGUAUCAAUUUUUAUCAGACAAAAUUAUGAAUGAAGGUUCAGGAUUUUAAAGAACUCAGUUUUUGUCUGCAUUUUGCAUUAAAAUCCAGUUCAUUUUUACAUGUAUUUGGCACUGCUGUUUUGGCAAAGAGAAGAAAAUAGAUUUAUGAGGGGAAUAACCAUUCUUUAAAAUCUUCCAUACUUGAAACAAGUGUGUAUGUAUGUGUAUAAUGUAGAAUCAAUUGUUAACAUACACCAUCCACAAAAUCACAUUUUUUUAAUGAGCAGAAUUAGAUUUUUCUUGAUGUAAAAAAAAGUUUGCAUACUCGAGGUUGUCAGAAUUUAGCAUGAGGUUGUGAUCCUGCUAGAAAUGGCAAUUGAAAUAUGCUGUUGUUAUUCAGUAUUUUAGAUUAACAUUUAGAGGAAACCCAAGUCUAACCCCGAGAUGGUUGUGGCAGGUGGCAGCAUAUAGAAAUCUAGUUGUGAACGAGGGCUGUAAAAAUGAGUCAGACUAUAAUAUUAAUGUGAUUUGUUAUUAUAUAACUGUAGUUAUUAGAGAAAUUAAGAUUGAUAAGAGAGUCGUUAAUAUUCAUGAACACUUUAACAGUUAGGAGGUUGAAGAAUCUUAAGAUGUCGGUUGUCAAUACACAGUAAUCCAUUUAUCUUAUACAUAUUGAACUAUAGUUAACUUUAACAAAGUGAAGGGUUCUUUGUUGUACAUGCCAUGAAAGCAAGUCUAAAGUACAGUGUCGCUAUAAUUGUUAAUUGUAAUUAAAGAUGAAUAUAGAGGAUGUUGCAAGCGUUUCAGAAGAUGGAUCAUAUUCAGUGACAGAAACUCCCUGUUCAAUGGUUUUAGUCAUUAUUGGAUUCUAAUGAAGUUGGAUUUCGGACCUUUAUUGCAGAUGUGUUCAUCAUUGAAUUUCUGUUGACAUUUGAGUUGUCUCUACUUGUUGUGUACACCUGCUUUAUUUUUGCAGUAUUGGCCAUCAUCACCUUUGGGCAAAUUGAAAACAGUAAAUAAGUCUCCUUAACCAAAAUUUUGAGGGGGUGAAUUUUAAAAAGGUGCAAAAUCUUUUAUAAGUGUGAUUGGGCAAAAAUAAAAACAAGGCAAGAUGUGUUUGUCAAUUUACCCAUGUAUGUUAAUUUCUUUCAAACCAAAUUGCUCUAGAAAAUUGUGACUGUCAAAUUUAGGGAAUCUUGCUUUUGCAUUUGACUUAUGCAAUCAUAAAGACCAAAAAGUAAGCAACUGUAAUAAUCAUGUUUGAGAAAUUUAUUAGGAUUUAAAACAUAAUUGAUUUAAUUUACAUGUAAGUAAAUGUGUAGAGAUGGUUUGAAUGGUCGGCUUUCUUUGUACAGUGAAUAAAUGUGUGCGAGAUAUCCAAGCUGCUUCUCACUGCAAAUUUUAACUCUGUUAUAAGUGUAUUUAUUUCUCCAUCUUGUAUAAAUGCGAUUUGUGAUAUUUGAUACUUACGAUACUGUGUAUGGCAUAGAAUGUUUUUAUGCAAAUACAGCAUCCAAACACUAACAA